AUGGCCAUCUUGAUCUCAAACAGAGACGAAGGUUACAUCUUGGAAUUUAUCUUCCGUCGGGAUACUGAUGAAAGAAUUCCCUAUACUGAUUCGAGCCUCGACUAUCUGCCCGAGAUUGUCCGCAAGAACUUUAUAGACAAACAGUGGCAGUUCAACCCAAUUAACCUUCAGCGCGGCCAAGUCCAUCUCGAAAUCCAGGAUGAUGCAGUAUUGCCUGUUUUAUCAGAAGAAGAGGUCGGCAAAGCUCGGAAGGAACAAGAAAGGGAUAUGUUCGGAUCCCCAGAGAGGGCGAUUCUCGACCUUGUUCAAAACCUGAAGCAUCCAAACAUAGUAGAGUUUCUAGGUUCUUACACCUAUCGCAGAUCUUUCAAUCUUCUCUUUCGACUAGCUACACAGGAUCUCAAAGCCUUCCUGCAUCAGGAAAACUCGUCCAUUAUGGCGCCCCAUGCUAUUUACCGGAACAUGUUUGGAGUAGCAGAGGCCCUCAGUCAGAUCCAUAACUUUUCCCUGCAGGAUGAUCUAGGAAACAUCAGCAGAAUUGGCUACCAUCAUGAUCUGCGACCAGCUAAUAUUCUUGUCGACAUUGACCGGAAACUCUUCAUGCUUUCUGACUUUGGGUUAUCUAGAAUGAAGUCCGAUGAUGAGACUUCAAAGACCAAGCUCCAUGGCGGGCAAGAUGACUACCUGGGGCCCGAAGCAUUCGAUUACCAAGCCUGUGUAAACGGGGACGUUAGGCGAUCACUGGACGUGUGGGCUUUUGGCUGUAUCCUUUCAGAGAUCGCGACCUUCCUAGAGGGGAAAAGUGUCAAAGACUUUCGGGAAAAGAGACGGGCUACUCACGAUGGACUAUUCCCGAUGACAGACCAUUCUUUUCAUUUAAACAAAGGAAUUCGGCCAGCGGUGGUAGAAUGGCUAUCUGUACUUACCACGGCCCCGCGCGAUCCUUUGAUGGUUCAAUUGGUCAGCCAGAUUCGAGAAAUCAUGGAUCCUCACGCUUCCAGAAGGCCCAGAAUGUCAGACGUGGCACUAGAUCUCAGAAAUCUGGCUCUGCAUUCGAGUGUGGCGGCCGUUGACAAUUGCUUCAGGGAUUUAAUGUCUCCGGAUUCACGAGGCUUGACUGCAAAGCACCGCAUUUUGCAUGUCAUUGAAUAUAAACGCUUCGAGGCUUGGUGGUCUGUGUAUGCCAGCCUGCAUCAGGCCGUUGGGAGGGAAAUUAGUGGAGAUUUGUUACGCUAUGUAACAGAACUCUACGAAGCGUUAAAUAGGGGUCGCGAUGAUGGCAUGAGUCAGAGUAUGGAAGGACUUCCGUAUGAUUGCCUACAUGCUAUCGACCAGCUUUGCAAACCUCUGCCGAAAACCUCGUCCGAUGAAUGCCAGGCAAGAUGGAUCCAGAAUGUUUGCGAGAUAGAAGAUCUCGAUACACUUCAACAGAUUCGUGCCAUGGCCAUGCCGGUGCGGUAUCGGUGGGUGGGAGUCGGCGCAGCCAUGAGGCACAUGUCCAUGGCAAUAUCCGCUUCUAUUCAGUAUGGGCAAAAGAGCCGUUACAUGGAUGCUGGACUUAUUGAGGUUGGCGAGUCUGAUUCUCAGCUGGUUCAUGAAUCAAAAACAAUAGGAUACUUGACUCGCGACGGCCUUACUGAGACUGUCCUGAUUGAGUGGAAAACAUACGACGCGUCUUGGAAGGGCCAUGAGAUGAGGCUUGGCAAGAUUAUGGAUGAUUUAGUCAAUCUGUUAGACCCAGAUGUUACCCCACGACUGGGAACCGCGCAGCAUCGAAUCCCUAACUGCCUUGGCUACUUUCACCAGCCUCAUAACUACCGUUUUGGGUUCAUCUACACAAUCGAAGCUCAGAGGAUGAGACAUGACCAUCGCUUGGUCUCUCUGAAUAGCUUCUUGCAAGUGAUGACCGAACAGAACAAUGGCGACUAUGAACAGACAGAUCUUGGCGAUUAUUUCCUACUUGCUAAAGAACUGACGACAUAG